UUUUGAAAGACCUAACAAAUUCUGGUCUUUUUAUGUUUAUUAUAUAUAAAUUAAAAUUAUUUAAAAAUAUUAUAAGGAAGAAGAGUAACAAUAAUAUAUAACUAUGUUAAGUAUUCGUUCUCUUUUCUGUAAAACUAGUUUUAUCGAACCUAAUAUUAUAAUUGCACAACAAACGCGGAAUACUUUUAUACUCAAGAGAAAAUGGCCACCACCAUUGCACAAGAAAGGUGGAAAACCUGAUAAAAUGAAGUCAAGGCAUUUUGUGUACGAGCUGGUAGAAGAUACAAAUGUUAAAAAGCAACAAGACAUGAAAGUAAUUCUAAGUCAAUUUGUGGAUGGAGUUGGUAAUGUUGGUGAUGUGGUAAGCUUAAGGCCAAAUACUGCAUACAGAAAAUUUCUUUUACCAGGCUUAGCAGUGUAUGCUACCCCUGAGAACCUGGAAAAAUAUAAAUCAGAUGAAAAUAAACCUAAAGUUGAAAAGAGUUAUAGCUCUCCUUAUGUGCCAAGAACAAUAGGCUGCCUGUCACGACUAGUACUACAAAUAUCUAUGAGCAAAACGACCCCUUGGAAACUGGAACCAUGGCAUAUUAGAACAUCUUUUCGUAAAGUCGGCUUUGUAGUACCAGAAGAGACGAUCACAAUGCCCCCGCAAGAGAUACAGGGUCCAGAUCUAUCAUUACAAGAAAAAGAGUUUUAUGUCACUGUAAAGAUAAAUAACAGGGAAGAUGUAAAUGUGAGAUGUCGUAUAUAUCACUGGGCCACCACUGCGUUAGAGAAAUUACCCUGGGUUGCAUUUCAUUGGAAGAAACCAUUGGAACCGCUAUUUCCAGAACAAGCUGAAAUUUUAGAAAAGUUACCCUUGCCUGAAUAGUUGUGAAAAAUGUUACUAAAAAUAAAUAGUUUUUAGAUAUUCUUUAAAAA